AUGGGAUGCGGACAGAGCAAGAUCCAUCUCUACCCGAGGAAAAACAAGAGCAAAUCGAACGGCAAGAAAAGCGGCCAUACAGAAGAUGCCGAAGCGGACGAAGAGGACGGACAGAAUGGGCGGACCGGGGACGAUCGGGGUGACCGGGGCGACAUCAACGGUGAAAAAGAGAAGCUGGACGAGGAGCACUCGCUGCGGGACGAUGGCUCGCCGGAACCACCGAAUGGCGAGAUCGUUUCGAUACUCCGCAAGAACGGCUCACUGCUGCAGAGUCAGGAAAUAUCCUCCAGCCAGCAGAACUUCUUCCGCAUGCUGGAUCAGAAAAUCGAAGAGGGCCCAGAUUACGACUCGAGCAGCGAAACGGAGCAAGCCCUGGAAGAGGCUCGUCUGAACGCUUUGGUGCAGCAUUGGGAGUCGGCCAGCUUGACCACGUCGAUGUGUUCUUCCACCAGCCGGUCCCUGCAGGGGACACCGGUCCGGCAGGUACCGCUCAGACAGCCUCCACUGAGGCCACCGUUCCAGCAACCGCUCAGUGCCGAGCUGUUGUCCCAGCAGCAGCUGCUGCUGAAGCAACAGCACCAUCAUCUUCACCAGCAGCAGCAGCAACAACAACAUCUGCAGCAGCAGCAGCAGCUGAUCCAUCAUCAGCAGCAACAGUUGCACAACCUCCAGCACCAGCAGCAGCAGCAACAACCGCACCUUCAAACCAUGCAGAGCUCGCAGGCAUCUCAGCAGCAGAUCCUGCACGCGAACCUCGGCAUCGGUAUGAACAGUCCGAAGCGUAUAAUCGGCACUGGAAAUGCCGUCAGCGUUGGUGGAGGUGUACCGAUCGGAGCGGAUGGUUCUACGAGCCAGCGGCAAUUGCUGUCACAAUCCAUCAUCCAUCAGAACUACGGUGUGAUACAACCGUCCCAGACGACGCCCCAGCUACGUCCGAGUUCGGGCCGCACGCUACCUUCGCCGGUACAGUGCUUACAGAUGUCCUAUUAUCAGCAACAGCAGCAACAACAACAGCAGCAGCAACAGCAACAAGGCCAAACACUUAGUCAGCAAUUCCAGCAGCCACAGCAAUCGAUACCUCCCCAGUCCUACUACAAUGACAUUCUGCGGCACCCGAUGCAGCUUCCACCAGUGACGCAGCUUCAACUGCAACAGCAGCAAGUGCAAGCCCAACAACAACCACAACCGGUGUCGGUGGGAAUCUCGAACGUUUCGUCCUCGGUGGCGGCCUCUCUGGCGUCCGCGUCUGUGGCCGUAGCGUCGGCCAGUGGGUCUGGCUCCGGAUCCGGCACAACAAGCGGUAGCGUGGGAGGGUUGCCUCUCUCAAUGGCCUCCGCAGAGCCCCGGUUUCCACCCGCCAUCGCCGUGCAGCGUCUGGCGCCCCAGGUUCAGCGGCAGCUUCGCGAAACGCAGGAACUCAUCAAGGACUCGUGCGCGCAGCUGUACGGUUCGGCGUACGGAAGUCCAGGUCCACCAACCGCCGUCACUGCCGCUACUGCCGGCGGUGGUCCCACCGGAACUCCGCUUCGAACGGGACCUAGUCCGGGGGCGGUGCUGUCCCGGGCCACCGCCCGCCGGCCAACGCUCGAGACUCAGUAUUCGCAGGAACUAUCGUGA